AUUGCAGUUAUAGUUGUGUAUGCGCCAUAUCGUAUAGGUUGUAGAUUUUUAAUCACACUGUGCACUUUUAGUUGAGUGUACAUGUGCUGAUCGCGCGAUCUCGUUAAAGUUCAGAUAUAAUCGUUUGUCUGCAUUUAAGCAUGUGCGCUAUUUUGUUUGAUUUAUUUGUUACAAACUACACUGGUUUUGACACUUAAUGCAAAACGACAAAGUAAUGACAGAAUAGCCAUGCUUGUGGAGUUAUUAUCAGGGAUAUGUGCUGUUCUGCUGUAUGUUUUCAUUUGGCUUAAAUCCAAAGCUAAUGAUACUGGACAUGGCAUACCAAUACCCGGACCAAAGGGGAUACCACUAUUUGGAUCUCUGUUCGAAUUCGAACUUGGAAAUCUUCACAACAUUGCAAGUAAACAUGCGGCGGAGUUCGGAGAUAUCGUGCAGCUGAGACUGUUGCAUGAACACGUCGUGUUUCUAAAUACCGCCGACUUCAUAAGGAAGGCAUACAUGGACGAGAGAUACAAGCGUUUCCUUAACGACAGACCGGUGACAUUCUACGGCGAGAAUUUCCAGUACGGCAGCAAGGGGCUUAUAAUGAACAAGCGCGGAUACAGUCCAAGACACGCGCAGCUAAGGAAGCAUUUCGCCAAGGGUCUGAAAGCUUAUGGGGAUGGUGUCACCGCGUUUGAAGAUAUUAUCAAUAGGGAGAUAUCCGACAUGAUGGAAGUUGUUCGUCUGCAUAAGGACCACGAAGUUUUUGAGUUUUUACCUAUUUUGGAAAACUCAUUAUCGAAUCUUCUUUCUGUCCUGAUGUGUGGCGAAAAGAGGGCAACAAACGAACACGUGUCGCUGUUCUGGGAUUACAUUGAGAUGGUAAACUACGUUGGGACUCCGAAAUUCGACACCAUUAUGAAGUUCUUUCCGUUUCUCAAAUACCUCCCGGGACCGUACGGAUCUGCGUGCCGGAAAUUGGAACGGAUGCGGGAGCAGCUGAUCGAUUUAUUUUUGACGAGACAAAAGGAAUCAUUUAUGCCAGGAAAAGUUCGGGGCUUGAUGGAUUAUCUAAUUCACGAACAACUCAAAGAGAUAUCGGAAAAUAAGCAGGAUCGACUCUUUACAGACGAGAUGCUCUUUGCGUUGAUUGCGGACGUAGUGUUGGCAGGUCUAAUUACCACCAGAGCGGCUAUGGCGAACAUGUUUUUCUGCCUCAUGCACCAUUUGGAAUACCAAUUCAAAAUACAGAAUGAACUCGACAGAGUCGUCGGAAGAAACAGGCGACCGACCUUGAAUGACAGAAACCAGAUGCCCAUGUUAGAGGCGGUUGCUAUGGAGAGCCAGCGUUACUUGACAACAGGAGUUGUCAUGGCUCAUCUGGCAAACGAAGAUGUCAACUUUGAAGGAUUUCAUAUAAAAAAGAACACUUUUGUAUUUCCAAACAUGUGGUAUGUACACCAUGACCAGAAAAUCUGGGGUGAUCCUUGGACGUUCCGGCCAGAACGCUUCCUUGACAACGAAGGCAACCUGCUACCUAUGGAACACCCACUUAGAAAAAGCUGGGUGAUAUUUGGAAUGGGCCGGCGCCACUGUGUCGGGGAGAGCCUGGCUCGCUCUCGGAUGUUUCUGUACAUGGCCAACAUGCUCCAGAAGUGGAACAUCUUUCCCGCCAGGGAUGCCACGGGCUCGUGUUGCAUCUGCGACCCGCGCAGCAGCGACGUGGAAGUGAAAAUAGUCACCUCGCCUAAACCAUUCAAAUGUUACAUACGAAAACGAUGGUGACAACAUCCUUUGAAGUGCGUUCUUCAAUUAUAGUAUUUAACGUUGAACGAUCACUUAAGUGACUAAAUUAAGAAGAACUUUUAGGUUAUAUGUAAUUUGAUUUAUAUUCGUUUUCAUAUUUAUUAAAAAAUGAGAAUUAAAUAAAAUUAUACAUAAUUUAUUAUAUGAUUAUGCAAUGGUCACAUUUCGUCAUAUGUUCAAAUGUUACAUUCACAGUAAACAGUGUGUAGCGUUAUAACUUGUUGCAAUACAUGUUUGCGGUA